CCACUCUUAGUAAAGGCUCCAGGAAGCCACUUCCCUACUGGGCAGUGUCCUGAGGCUGGGAAGCUUAUUAGCGCUCGGAGCACCGGGAGAAGGAGAGAGGGGAUGCUCGGAGCCAACUGGGGUCAUCCUUCUUUGAACCUCCACGUGGUGUUUGCUCAGAGCAAUUGUUGUCAGAGUCCCAGACUCCUGGAGUAUAAAACAGAAUGCCUGCUCCCUGUGCCCAGAACUGAGCAGUGCCAACCCCAUGCCCCAAGUACCUAGUUAAGGUCUCUGGAGCCUUCAACAUGAUGUUACCUAUACAUGAAAGAAGAGUUACUGGGAUUGGAGCAGCUAGCCCCUAGAGCACGGUUUCAAGAUCUAGUCCCUUCUUUUGCCCUUUCUCCUGAUCGAGCCUCCGCCUACCUUCCUUUCAGAGCGCAUCAUGUGUUUGCAGCUACUCAGGCACGGAAGGAUUUCUUGGACUACUUCAGACAGAGCAGCAGGGACAAAGGCAUGAUGGGCCAGCAGCAGAAGGUGGCACGGGAGAGCACGAAAAAUGGCUUGGAGCAAGACCUCUACAAUCUGAACAAUUUCCUAGGAAAGCUGAGCCCCUCAAGUGGGCCGGGGAAGGAUCCUCACCCAAUACCACAGGAUCCAGAAGGCAUGAGGAAGCAGCUUCAGCAGGAGCUGGGGGAGGUGAGAGCUCACCUGGGGCCCUACAUGGCUGCGAAGCACCAGCAGGUAGGCUGGAACUUGGAGGGCUUGAGGCAGCAGCUGAAGCCCUACACGGUGGAGCUGAUGGAGCAGGUGGGCAUGAGCGUGCGGGAGCUGCAAGAACAGUUGCGUCUGGUGGGAGAAGACACCAAGGCCCAGCUGCUGGGGGGCGUGGACGAGGCACUGAGCCUGCUGCAGGAAAUGCAAAGUCGAGUGCUGCAUCACACAGACCGGGUCAAAAAACUCUUCCACCCUUACGCAGAGCGCUUGGUGACCGGCAUUGGGCACCAUGUACAGGAGCUGCACCGCAGUGUCGCUCCUCACGCGGCUGCCAGCCCCACGCGACUCAGCCGCUGUGUGCAGAGUCUGUCCCACAAACUCACACUCAAGGCAAAGGACCUGCACACCAGCAUCCAGCGCAACCUGGACCAGCUGCGCGAGGGGCUCAGCGCCUUUGUCCGCACCAGCGCAGAUGGGGCCGAGGAUGGAGACUCCCUGGACCCCCAGGCACUAUCUGAGGAGGUCCGCCAGAGACUCCAGGCUUUUCGACAGGACACCUUCCUACAGAUCGCUGCAUUCACUCGGGCCAUUGACCAGGAGACAGAGGAAGUUCAGCAGCAGCUAGCACCACCCCCGCCUGGCCACAGCGCCUUCGCUCCUGAGUUGGAACACCCGGACAAGGACAAGGCCCUGAACAAACUGCAGAGCCGACUGGAUGACUUGUGGGAAGAUAUUAGCUAUGGCCUUCACGACCACGCCCAUAGCCAGCCGGGAGAGCCCUGAUCAUCUACUGGCUCAGAUGCUCGUGACGGAGGAAGUUUGUUGGCCUGGUGUAACUCUCAUUGGACCGUGUCCGAGAGCAAUUGCCUUCCCACUGCCCCAGAACACGCCCAUGACCCUACUCUUA